UGUCUGUUCCACCCCACUGACUCUCUACUGCUGUCUCUCUCUGUCUUAGGGUACGGCCAUGCGGCCCCCAGCACGGAUGGAGGCAAGGUGUUCUGCAUGCUCUACGCCCUGCUGGGCAUCCCUCUCACCCUGGUCAUGUUCCAGAGCCUGGGCGAGCGCAUCAACACCCUGGUGCGCUACCUGCUGCACCGCCUGAAGAAGUGCCUUGGCAUGCGGCGCACUGAGGUCUCCAUGGUCAACAUGGUGGCCAUUGGCUUCAUCUCCUGCAUGAGCACGCUGUGCAUUGGAGCACUCUCCUUCUCCUACUUCGAGGGAUGGAGCUUCUUCCACGCCUACUACUACUGCUUCAUCACUCUCACCACUAUCGGCUUCGGGGACUAUGUGGCACUGCAGAAGGAUCACGCUCUACAGACCAACCCCAAGUACGUGGCCUUCUGCUUCAUCUACAUUCUCACUGGCCUGACCGUGAUCGGAGCCUUCCUCAACCUGGUCGUGCUGCGCUUCAUGACCAUGAACGCGGAGGACGAGAAGCGGGACGCCGAGCAGCGCGCCCUCCUCUCCCGAAACGGACAGGCGGGAGGGCACAACCACAUGCGCUGCGCCCCCGACUUGCCCUCCUCCUCCUCAGCUGCCUCAGGGUGUGGUGGAGGAUCAGGGAACAGUGGUGUGGGGGGAGCAGGGCGGGGGCUGCGGAACGUGUACGCGGAGGUGCUCCACUUCCAGUCCAUGUGCUCCUGCCUGUGGUACAAGAGCAGGGAGAAGCUGCAGUACUCUAUCCCCAUGAUCAUCCCCCGGGACCUGUCCACCUCGGACACAUACAUGGAGCAGGGGGAGGCCUUUUCCUCCGACCCCCUCCACCCGCUUCACUCCAAUGGCUGCGUCUGCGGCAUGCACCAUCCCCACUCCGCCAUCAGCUCUGUGUCCACGGGCCUGCACAGUCUCACCCCAUACAGACUAGGACACAGCAAGCGGCGAAGCUCCAUAUAGAGGCCUGGGUUAGGGUUAGGGUUAGGGUUAGGGUUAGGGUUAGCAAGAAUAGACCGGAGUUUUGACCCUUGAACUAUAUCUGCUAUAUUUUCAGCUUCCUUUCACAUUUUGCCGUAUUUAAGGUUGAAGUUCUUGAUCUUCAAUAUUGGGAGAUUGUUUGAAUGAUAAGAGGACAUUGCACUAUGAGAGACAUACUUUUACGUGAAAGCGAGGAUUAUUAAUUUUAAGAAACUGUGCAUCAUAAGCUACACUUGAUUUUAUGUUUGGUGAAGUGAUACUAUUAUUUUUUCACAAAUAAUAUUAUCACUUCAAUAUAUCACAAGAGAUAUAUAGAAGUGUUACUCUCAGUAAUCAUCAAUAAAAACUCCCAGUAGUCAUCAAUAAAAUAAAUGUAAAUAUAUUUCUCAUGUGGAUACAGUUCUUAACCAAUGUACUUACUAGGGAAGAAGGUAUAUUUUCAGUUAAACUAUUCUAAAAACUCAGUCGACUCUUUUGAUCUGCUUUAGUUACUUACUGUAUCUUUCUCUCAAUCCUCAAGACCUAUCAUACUUUGUAAAAAGUAUUGUAAUUUUCUUUCUAAUGACUUUUUUUACAUCCAUAUAAUUGAUUUACUGUAUGUUUGUUAUUAAUUUGUUUUAUGUUUUCAUGAUAGGGUUUUACUGAGAGCAUUUGGGCUCACUGUGUAUACUGUAGUAGACAGUCUAAUUUACUGCUGCACUUUAUAACAUUAUUGUGUGCUUUAAGGCACUGGAAUUUAUGUUUACUCACCUGAUUUUUUGGUACCUAAAUAAUUUAUUCUUAUAGGUGUAAUGCUCUUAAAUGUUGUCUAAGGGAGAUUUAUAAUGCCCUAUGAAAGUGACACACAUUUUUACUUCUGGGAUCCUUGUUUUGUAGGCUUAGAAUUUGCUUCAAAUUUGCAUCGUCAAAUUCAUUUUAAAAUGUAUAUGUAUUUUCAUAUGAAUUGACUUACCAUAUGGCGGUUUGUGUGUAUCAUCCAAGAAGAAGCACAAAUCCAAAAAGUUACAGCUGUUUCAGUGGAACUAGACAGGGUAUUGGUUCGGAUGUCUUUUGUCUUUGGUUCAGUUGGUUGAAAUAGAUUUCUAAAUGCCUUUUUAGCAUCCACAAAAAUAUGUCUACAUCUGGCUGUCAUAACAACCAAAAUCUGAAGAAAAAAACAAGUCUGUACUUGGUUUUAAUCUGCUUAUUUUCCAUCUCCUCAACCAGAAAACCAAUUUAUAACCAGAAACCUACAUCAUUAUGAUGUCACAUGGCACAUUUUGUCGACUGGGAAUGCACAUCCUCAAGCAGAUAGAGCGUCUUUGGUGAGGCUCAUAUGGAUCACAAGUUAAUGAUUUACUGAAUAAUCUUUAUGUUAUGGAGAAAUUAGAUUUGUUUGAAACAUCAUGAGAUGGUACUUUAAAUGUUUAACAGAUUUUAAAAACAUUUCAUGGAGUUCAUUGAAACUCUUUUUGAUUCAAUCACUUCAGAUUGAUUUGAAGAUUACCAUUUCUUUGAGUUGGAAUUAUUAAUCACAUUUUCUUAAUAAAGUAUAGGAAUUGGAAAUUGAAUACCAACAUUUCUUUUUUUCAUUUUUAUAUAUUCUGAUUGGGUGGUAAUGGUAACCAAAGUGAAAGUUAAAAUCUCAGUUCAUCACAGCAUUUUUCAACAGCUUGGUGAAACAAAACAGCGUGAUUGUUGAGAAAAAAUAAGAAACCCGCACACUGCUCUUGCUAGUGUGGCCUCAAGGCCAAUACGUAGGGCUUGGUGGGAAGCGGUGAUACUAGCAGAAGCAGUUUGUGGGUUUCUUCUUUUUUCUCAUCUUAUUCAACUGUUUCCAUGAACCUGCAACAAAGAUAGCUCAGAUUUGCGAUUACCUUUUGAAUUUUGAAUUACAGUAUGUAAUUGUUGCCUG